UCAGGUUGAGUAGCAUAUUCCAAGUCCUCUUCAUCUAAAGAACAAGAUGGCCAACCGAUCCGAAGACGUUUCCUUCCAAGCUGGUGAGGCCAAGGGCCAGGCCAAGGCUAAGAAGGAUGAGAUGGUGGACAAGGCCAAGGAUGCUUGCCAGUCUGCAAAGGAAUCAUGCCAAGAGGCUGGUGGGCAGAUUAAGGCCAAGGCCCAAGGUGCUGUUGACGCUGUCAAAGAUGCAACUGGGAUCAACAAACAAAGCUGAUGGAUUCAUUGAUUGAUUUAUCUGCUGGGAAAGAUUCGACAGGGAUGAAUAAAGAAAGCAGAUGGUUUUUUGAUUUAUUCGUUCUUUGGUUUCUUAAAAUGUUCCAUCAUUGUUUAUGUUCUUAUUUUUGUGACUUUCGUUGUUUCCAGAUAAUGCUCAUAAAGAGCACAUAAGUCUUGUCCUUCAAGAGAGACACUAGAUGUUUCACUUCUUAGUCUGAGUUUUAUUCAUAACUGUCCAGUCUGACAGAUGCUUUAUAGAAUCUCUAUUUUGUCAUUC